UUGCAGAGAGCAUCCUAUCUGGGGAGGCUGACAAGCGAAAAGCACCUAGAAGCUUGCAGCUGGAAGCUGACAGGGCUUUUCUGCCAGUUGCUUCUACUUGCUCCAUUUCUGAAUCAGGCAGCGGCAGAGUGUGUGGACAUGGAGACCAGUGCUCCUGCCAAGAGGCCAUGGUGGACCGUGCCCGAAAACUUCCUUGCUCCGACAGUAUUUGACAUGGAAGAGGACCAGGAGGAGCUCAUCUUCGGGCAGAGUGACACAUCCCUUCGCUGCAUCGAGGUGCACAGCUACACCCUCAUUCAGCUGGAGAGCUGGUUCACGGCCACAGGCCAGACUCGUGUCACUGUAGUCGGGCCACCCAGGGCAAGGCAGUGGCUGUUGCACAUGAUGUCGUGUGUGGGGAGCCAGGACUCCUAUCGUCACGCCCGGGGCCUGGAGAUGCUGCGGCGUGUCCGGAGCCAGCCCCUGACCGAGAAUGACCUGGCGACCUCUGUGAGCAUGGAGCCCAACACCGGGGACCUGUCUUUGGCCACCAGGAUCAGUGUAACUAUCUCUCUUAGUGCUCCUCAGGCUUCCCCUUACCAACUGGCUGGUUGUCACGGGUUCCAUCUGAGUUCACUGUAUUCGUGAUAAAGGACUGAUCUCCCCAGCGGAGUUGAGACCUAAGAGGAAGUCUUGGCUUAGGCUUCGAGAAAGGCUUGAAAGACAUUGUAAGAUUGACUUCGUGGGCCCAGUCCUGUCCCUCGCAGGCCUUCUAGGCAUGUGUCUGGGGGAAGUUUCCUAAAUGGAAGAAAGUGUUCUGUUCUAUGGCAAUGAGACCCAAUAAAAUAAGCCACCUUAUAUGCAAA